GUGGUGAAAGUGGGGGAAAGGAGAAGAAGGGAGAAGAGGAGAAAGGGAAAAAAAGAAGAAGAAUGAAUGAGAAGGAAGAGUUGGGAAAGGAAGUGAGGAGAGGAGAGAGAUGGAGAACGGGGAGAACAUGAGAAGGAAAGAAAAGAAGAAGAAAUAGGAAGCAGAAAGGGGAAAACUUUUAUUUUGCGUAGAAGUUUCUUUUGAAGGGAAAGAACAUCAGAAACAAUAGAAGAGGAGAGAGAAAAAUUGGUUUGGAAGUUGAAAUCAGGAACUUGGGUUUGUGAUCUGUUUCUUUAGGAAUGAGCAGAUUACAAAUGUCUUCAGCCCUUAAACGGAAGCGCUUAGACUUGCAGUCUGAGUCUUUGACGGAGCCUGAGAGCAAACUACUUGAUGCCAUCCGCAGCAAGACAGAUAUGGGAAUGCCUGUACAAGACUUGAGGCGAGAAACAGGACUCCAGACCAAUUUAUUUACCAAGGCCAUCAAGACACUUCAAACCAAACAACUGAUAAAAGAGGUCAAAAACUUUGAAAACAAAACGAGGAAGCAUUACAUGGCUACAGAGUUUGAGCCCUCGAAGGAGAUAACUGGUGGUGCUUGGUAUGAUAAUGGACAGUUUGAUAACGAGUUUAUAAAGGUUGUAAAAAGAGAGCUGGUGAAGAUCAUUGAUGUCCAGAAGAUAGCUACCUUGGAGCAAAUUUCACACGCAAUUAGUGUGAAAAAGUUUUUAACUGUUAACUUAACCGCACAGGAACUGAAGCAGAUUCUUGAGGCAUUGGUUUUGGAUAAUGAUGUCCUGAAGGUGGUGAGCACUGGGAUGGGGGAGUUUAUUGGUAUUAAAACUGGGAAAGAUUGCUACAAGCGCUGCAAGAGAGGUGCUAGAGGGGAACCUAACCUAGCAGCCAUGGCUUCCAUUCCAUGCGGAGUCUGUCCACGCAUUAAUCAAUGUACCCCAGAUGGCAUUAUUUCCCCUACAACCUGUGAGUACUACAAAAAAUGGCUGGACUUCUGAACUGGUGUGCUCUCAAAGCUUUCGAGGUUUUUCUUCUAUGGCGUAAGACGUAGUUCAGCAGAAGCCUGGUGCCGGUCGCAUUUCGCUUACGAAUAUAUUUAGACCACAUAAUGUCUUUUUUUUUUGUGAGAACCUCUUUCUCCUUGUUUUGAAUUUUAGUCCAGUUGAAAUUCCAAUGAAAGUUAUAAUCUUUAUGAAUCAACCUUCAGUUCAGUGAAGUAAAUUUAACAGCAG